AUGUGCCAACAGCCUAUUUAUGUUUUUGAGAAUGGCGUAAGGAAGGUUAAACCAUACUUUUUUAAGUUUAAAACUCCAAUCAAGAGUAGGUGGAUAGGUAGGACUCUACUAGAGGUUCUUACGGUAGAAUUGGGCCAGCUGCCAAAACUGGUACAGGAAGGUAUUUUCAAAAAAAACAUAUUCAUUCAUUCAAACGUGGGUAGAAAAGGCGGACCAGUGGUCAUCGAGGGGUGGGAAAAACUCAAAGACAGGGAGAUUGUAAGGCAUGAUCUAAUUUACAAUUUGCAGCAUAUUCACGAACCCAGUGUGCCUGAUGGGUCCGAAUUAAACUUUGAAAAGAAAACAACCUUUCCAUCCCAAGUGAAGACCGAUUUACAAAUUGUUUUUGAAGAUGAAAACCAAAUUGUGAUCAAUAAACCUUCUGGAAUCCCAAGCCAUGCGAGUGGGAGCUAUAGGUAUAACUCUAUUUCUGAAAUAUUGAAACAUGAUUUGAAUCUUGAUAAAAUCUGGCAUUGUCAUAGACUAGACAAAGCAACCUCUGGUAUUUUAAUUCUAGCAUUGAAUAAACAAAGGGCUUCCUUUUUCAAUGAAAUGAUUGAAAAGAAAAAGGACUUAGUAAGUAAAUCUUAUGUUGCAAGAGUAAAAGGAAAGUUUCCUCAAGGAGUGCAAAUGUAUAACUGUCCUAUUUUUUCGAUAAAUCAGAGUGGAAGAUAUAUGAAUCAAAAUAUACAAAGCAUGCCAAUAAAUUCAACUACUAUUUUCGAGGGGAUCAAGUAUGAUCCAAUACUACAAGAAAGUAUAGUUAUUUGCAAGCCAAUAACCGGAAAAAUGCACCAAAUUCGAAUUCAUUUGAGGAAUCUUGGAUAUGCUAUAGUUAACGAUUCAAUUUUCAACCCUGAUCCAAUGAAAUCAUAUCCAAGCUUUGUUAAAAAUGGGAUUGAGUUAAAGCUAUACAAAAAACUCUUCAAGGUUUAUCCUCGGUUCGAAAAAUUGCAACCAGUAAAUGAAGACGUAGCAAACACCAAGGAAUGCAUUGAUAUCUCAAGCAUAAUCAACUUCCAUGAAGAUAAAGAGCUCAAAAACGCCCUUGAAGAAUUUUCAGAGUUGAAAAGAACUACUAUGACGACUGAAAAAGAUAAGUAUGGAAAAAAGUGUGAAGUUUGUGAUAUACAACUCUUCGACACCAAUAACUUACCGAAAGACCUGUUAAUAUGGUUGCAUGCAUUCAAAUACCUGUUCGGCGAUGACGAUAUUCCUUUCGAAUUUGAAACCCAAUUUCCAAAAUGGUGUGAUAUAUAG